CGAUGAGGAGAAGUGGCACAAAGCCAGCAGAGAGGACAGAGAAAAGUUGUUAGACAUCUGGAAGGACAGUCAUGGAACAGAUCCAUCUGACUGGAGCUCUGCUGCCGAGGAGGGACAAGAGUUUCAUCCCAUCUUCUGCUCCUGUCUGCCCGUCUCACUGCUCCCAUCUCUAAUUGUCUCUCCUCUUGGCUGGCGCUGCAACGUGGCUGUCUCUGCAGUGAAAGUGCUAGCUGGCAGAAUCUCCUUGUAUGAACCCUGACUCUGCGCAGUGAGUUAGCCGCUCUGCCGCUGUCCUGUCCACACUGACUCAGCUGUUCGAGCAGGGACCGCAGGACCAGUCUUUUCACAUCUGUGUAACUGGAGCAUUUAAGGAGGCGUUUUAGCUGACACCUAACAGAGAAACCGAGCUGUGUUGAGGAAUAUCCUGGACUGGAUCCUGCAGCAUCAUUUGUUUUAAGGCUCAGUGAGCUGCCAUGGAAGUUCGGUGGACUGGGGCUGAACCCCUGAGGCUGGGCUCUCCAAAUGCAGCCAUCAGCCUCAUCUUCACUUUGAUGUUUGGUGUGUGGUCUGCUCAGGGUCUGGAGAUGUCUGUGGGGAAGAUUCCCUUUUUAGAGGCGGUGAAUGGUUCCACAGUCAUGCUGCCUUGCACAUAUGCCAGCUGUAUUGGCAUAAGAAACCUGUACUUCAACUGGCAAUACAACGACAAUGGCACCAUGACAAAGGUGUGUGAAGCAGAGAUACCUUCGGAGGACUCCGACCCACCGGUGAAAAUAUUUAGAGACCGAGUGGAGUUUGUGGGAAAGAACAUUAAAAACAACGUCUCCAUUUUGUUGUGGAACAUCACCUUUGAAGAUGCAGGCCAGUACACGUGUUUUGGACGUAAUCCCAAAGAGAUGAACAAGAACCACAGCACCAUCUUCACCCUCAUCGUGGUGGACGAGUUGAGGGUGGUGGACAACACGGUGACCAUCAUCAUUGCCUCAGCUGUGGGCGGAGCCAUAGCUUUUCUGAUGGGCUUCAUGUUGCUUAAGAACUUCACCCUAUAUGUUCUUGCCAAACUUGAAGAGAAAAAUAAAGAGUGCCUUGUAACUUCAUCAGGGAUUGACAACACAGAAAAUGGCCUGUCAGGAUCCAAAGGCGAAUCAAAACCGACACCAAAAAAGAAGUGAGAGAGAGCAAUCAAAACAUCAGCUCUCAGAUUUAUAUAUUAGCUAAUUCGUACAAGCUGGUGAGUUAGCAUGUCAUCUUUAGGUUAAAAGCUCAAGCUGGGGCAUUUAACUUGGAAAAUGUACAUUUGCACAUAACUGCACCACCUGAGAGGUAACUAUGCAGAUGACAGACAACAAAUAUUAGGUAAGUCAGGACACCGAACACAAUAUCAGAAUUAUGAUUUAUUUAGAGCAUUUGACCAAAAAUGAGCCUCGGGUUCUCUUUUGUUGUUUACUGUUUAGACGAGUUGGCUUUAUUUCCAUCAAACAUCCAGUCCGACUGUAGCUUUUCUUACAAAUAACACUUAUUAAAAUAAUUAUUUGACUGUUUUUCACCUGAAGUUCAAACCAAAAUACUUUUCAGGCACUUAAAUCAAGAAAAAUGCAACGUAAUAAAUGCUUGGCAGAACUGUUCUACAAUAAAUAACAAAUUCAAAACAUCAUUCCAGCCAUUCAUUCUCUACUUCUCAUCGAAUGCUGGAUAGGGGAAGAAACAAUUCAUGGAAGGAAAUCCAGUCAUGCUUUUCCCCAGUGACACUCUUGAGCUCCUUCUAGGGAAUUCUGAGGGAACUCCCGGCCAGGGUGGAUAUACAAUCCCUCCAGUAAAUUCCAGGCCUCCUUCCAGAGGGAUGUCCCAGGAAAAUCUCAAGAGUAAGGUAACCAGAAGGCAUCUUAAUGAGACGCCCAAAUCACCUUCUGCUUUUUUUAAAUGCAAAGAAGCAGCAACUCUGCUCCCAGCUCCCCCAGGAAGAUGGGGCUCCUCAUUUUAUCUCUAAAGCCUAGUUUAUCCUCCUCCGUCAGCUGGGCUGUGGAGGCAGGAACACAUGUUGCAGGAGAUGUUUUCCUUUCCCACUUCUCCGAUACUUGGGCAGUUUUGCAAAGCAAUUGCCCACCAGGACAACAGGGGGCGUAGCACUUUUCUGAGGGUGGUGAGGCUAUCCCGCCACCAUUGCAGUCAUCGCUCUGGUCAACAGUAGUGUACUUACUACUGUGUCUGUAUUCCAGAGACCUCUUCAUGCAGUCACCACCUCCAAACCCAUGUCUCCUUCAACUCCCUUCCACAAAUUAGCUACAAAUCUUUGUUCUCUUUUAUUGAAGGGCUUUAGAAAUGUUUAUAACAUUGGUCUUCUUCCACAAGAUGUUCUUUUAUCUGUUUCAUGUUUGCUGCAUAUAUCUUCAGCACUUGUUUGUUUAUGUAUUAAUUUUUUGGGGAAAUGGUGAUACUGUUGACGAAUUCAAAACAAGUGGUGUGCCGACUAACCUGUGCUUUCCCUGAUCUCCAAAAUCAGGCAUAUCUCUGUCCUCCUCUGUUGGUCUGCCACAGAGCGCUUGUGAUGAUGGAUCUUGGCAUUGUGUGUCUCCGCACCGCAAGUUUAAGGCUGAACCCAGCUACCCUAUAGAGAACAUCUUUUAGUUGCUUGUAUGUGUGAUCUUGUUCUUUGGUCAUUAUCCAGAUGUGGCAGUGUGAGCGUCCUGUCACAGUGUCCCGACUGAUCAUGCGCCAUGGCAUCUUGGCCAAGGGGAUGUCCCUUUGGCUGACUGGUAAACGCGCAUGACUCUCACCUGGGAGUCUGGGGAUCGAAUCCCACCCAGGCCCUCGUUUCUCCACCUUGCCACACAAAUAAUGUGACCAUGGAGGAGGGCUAGACAAUGGAUAAACUGGUAAAGCAAAAGCUUUCGGCACUGCUCCUUCCCCUUGACCUUGAACAAUGCCCUCAUUAUUAGAUGAGACCCAGAUCCAUUAUUCCAUCUCUCAUUCUUUCUUAUUGCCACUCACAAACAAAACACCAAUGUACCUAAACUCUACCUCUUGAGGCAGAGACUCACUUCCAACCCAGAGGGGGAUCCCACCUUCUCCUGUUUGAAAUCCAUGGACUCAGGUUGGCUACUCAGCAAUGGUGAUAAUCUGGUCCACUGUUCCAUGACUUGAACAAAAGCCACACCGCCCCCCGGAUGUGACUUUUGGUUGAGACAUGUGAUCCCUUAAUAGCUAGAACAUAACCAUAUUUUAAAAAAUUGUGGCUGUCACCCCACAGACACCAUUUUCCAUGCAACACUGAAGAGGUUUGUCAACCAUAUGAUAGUCCAAAAAUACCCAGAUCCUUCAGGAUUUCAGAGCAAAUUUAAUCUAACCCUGGCACCCAGCUGGGGCCCAUCACAUGUUAGUGACUGCUACCAAUGUGACAGCUUCCAGUCCUCAGCCUGCUUCGUCAUUGAGGUAUAUAGUAACUGAAUCUAGGACAAUCCUCAGUGGUCUUUCCACCACUCACAAACUUGGGUCAGCAGUGCCCAAACAAAACCAUACACUGCUUUCCUUUCCUGGGUCGUUGCAUAAUUUGCCAAAAGCUUUUCAAGGCAAACUGAAAGUCCUUUUAUGUGGCCUCUCCAAAUUCCUCUCACACCUGAGAUGUUGUUCCAAAGCCACUGAAGCACCAGUCGUCCUGGACAAGUGAUGCAUAUGCACCAAUAGGUUCUCUAGAUACCACCAGGGCAGGCACCCAUGGAGGUUUAGAACAUUUGGUCUCCAUGUCACCAGUCUUCCCUUGGACAUGUAGAAAACUCUCCUGUAGGUGAAUUUACACGAUGGGUGUGAAUUUAAGAUAUCUUUGAAUAUUCCUAGUUCACUCUCAAUACUUGUUUGGGUUUACCAGGGUUCUCCCGUAUCUUCUUCAGCCACCAGAUACAACUCGUGGUGAUGUGUUGACAGCUUUACCUCUCUCUCAUCUGAUUGUCCAAGACGCGGGGCCAUAGACGAGAUGAAACCAUCACAAAUCAAUCAGUGACCUUUAUCCCAAUGGGAAGUAGUUCAAAGUACAUCUAUGAACCACCUUUGGAUCAGUAAUUUUUUGUUAUGUUAUGGACAUCCCACACAUUUUGCAGGAGUCCUAAAACAAGAGACAGCUCAGGAUCAGAUCAGGGAUGCCAUUUCUAUUAAUCACACCCUUACUGGUGAACCGAGAGGCAUGAUUGGAUAACAGAAUCCCAGAUGACACCUCUUCCAGGACAUUAGCCAGAGAAUCCAAAAAGGCCAGGUAAUCUGAACUGAUGUUCUGUGCAUAUACAGAAACAAGCGUCUGAGCCUUCCCCCGUGCAGUUUGAAAAUGCAGAAAUGUGACCCUCUCAUUCUCCAACUCCAACACCAAGACGCUCUGAGGACUUUUGAGGCAGAAAACCCAAAAUCAGUAGGGUCGCCAAACCCCACCACCACACCCCAGAUCUACAGAGAGAAGUUCAAAUUAUCAGAAUUUAAAAUUACAGUGUUUUAAACUUUUAUUUAUUUGAAAAGCAUGUGGAAAAUAACAAGAAGCUUUUAACAGUUUUUAAACAAUGAUCAUACACAGUAUUGUAGGACUUAGCUCACUACUUGUACUUCCUUUUUGCUUGACGCAUCAAUGCUUUGUCAGGAAGGACAGCUAAAUAUUGCAAACCAGGUUUAAAUGCUGAGCAAAUGGAAGCAACACAAUAAGCUUUUAAAAAGAAUGAUAGACAAUACCCUAAAAAUCCCACCAACCCCUAGAAAUAAAAAAGUAAAUCAGAGGAUGCAGCUAUUAAAGAAUCAUGUGUUAUAAGCAUGUGCAACAUGAGCCGGACCGCAGACACACUUUUAGAAAUCCACAUUCUCAUAAAUCACAGUUUCAUAUGUGAAGUUAAAUAUAUGUAAUGCUAAUUCCAUUAAGCUAACACUGGCUACGGCUUAGCAAUAGUUGCUAUCUUCUGUCAGACUGCCUGUUACCUAGUCAGUUUCUUCAUGGAUAUAGAUAUUUUUCACUAAACACUGAUGACGCUACUUUGUCUUGACCAACUGCUCUGCAGAAAAUGUUGACCUAGUUGUUCAGUAUGUGCAUAGAUUAACCCAGAUAAAUGCUUGAGGAUUUGAAGGCAUAGUUAACUUUUUUUCUCAAAAGUGGGCUUCUUUGGAGAACUCAUAAAGCCUAGUUUACGCUUCUCUGAGAUGUUUUCCUUUUGUACUUCUCCGCUGAUGUGUCCACAGACAUAAAUAUAUAUGACAGAUAUAUAUAUAUAUAUAUAUAUAUAUAUAUA